UCGCAUUUGAAGAAGGCAGGCGAGCAGCUGAAACUGUCUAUUGAUUUGCUUCCUCUUGUGGCUGAACUCUGACCUUUAUCCCAGUGCAUUCCGUUUCAUUGUGCCUCAUCAGGAGGCUUGGAUCGGAAGCCUGGAAAAUGAGACACACGUCAGCACUGGUGGACCUUGGCAUGUAGAGGCGUUACGUGCACGUGAAUAUCAUACUUCGAUCACGUGUAGACUUAUCGUGCCGCCCAGUUAUUACAUACACGUUAUUUGCUGUGCUUAUCAUCAGUGUACAUGGGAGGCCAACGAGUAGUGAACUACAUGUGCUGGUAAGGUGACAUGGUGAGAAGGUGACCCCCACAGGAGCUCUCUACUGUCACGUGGUUCGCUCUGCAUGUUCCAAGGUAGCCGGCUGAUGACGUUAAGCACUCUCAUCCUGACCCGGAACCACUCCAGCGCGGCAGAGAUGCCGCUCAACUGCACAGCCCGCUUCCCCAACUUCGCAGACAGGCUGGAACAAGUGUCCACGGACGUGACGGCGGUUGUGGUGAUGUUUGGGGGGACGUUGGCGUCCCUGGUCACGGUGCUGGUGUACCUGGAGGAAUGUCUGUACUUCUGCAGGAAUCCGUUCCUCGCACGCCGCAGGAGCAAGAUGCUUAAGAUUCUAGCCGUGUAUCCACCCAUUUUGACAGAUUUCUCUGUACAGGUGAUCAGCACGACUUCAGCAUCCAAUCUGUGGUUCCCUCAGGCCUCCGCUGUCGCCGACUUCGCUGCCUCGUGGUACCUGUCCCUGGCUAUAUAUCAGGUCUUCACCCUGAUGCUGGACUAUCUCGGCGGGAAGCGUGGAAUCGUAGAGAGCAUCGGUGGACUCAAAAUCCGGAUGAACACCCUGCCAAUCUGCUGCUGCGUCUGCCUUCCCCCUAAACCUCUCAACAUGGUUCUGCUGAGAAGGUUCCAUCUCGGCGUGCUGCAGCUCACGGUGGUGUACCCGGUCACGUCUUACAUCUUCGCUCUCAUCAACACAGACCAAAGCGUCCAGGGACGCAACCAAGACACGGCGUCAACCGGCCUAGUUUUACGGGCGGUCCCAAUGGUCAGUAUCCUGAUGGCCGUGUACAGCAUACUGUGUGUGUGUCGAAACGUCACCCAACACAUGCCGCACGCGGCAGCCUUCAGACUCCGCCCCAAGCUAGCCGUGGUCAUGCUCAUCAUGGGGCUCUCCAGACUGCAGUUCGUCGUCCUGUCGCUAGUCAAUAUACCAGGAGGAAAGGGCUGUGGUCCCGGCACGCUCUUCACUGGACCGGACCGGAAAAAAGUAAUAGGCAGUGUUCUGACCGUGUUGGAGAUGCUGCUGCUGGGCCUACUCGCCCGCCGCCUCUUCACCCAACCCGCGGAGGACGACUUGGAGGAUCCUUGUGACGUCACCGACCAACAUUUUCACGAAAAACGGGUCAUGAUCGUACACACCACGUCGCUAUAGGGGGUGUCACCGCGUGGCCAUUCUGUCAUCCCCGAACUGUACAGAUACUUUUCUAACCGACUGGGAUAUUCCCGAUAUAUGGAUAAACAGUGUAUACUAGUCUAUGGCAGUCUCAGGAGACCAUCUGUGCGCCUGUGAAGGGUUGAGCGUAAUACUGAACACAAAAUCAUACACCGCUAAUGAAUUCACUAAAGUAAUUCAGACCAUCCUUUUUUUAACCUCCUUGUUCAGACUGAUGAUUGACACUAAAAAGUACAAAGAGUACAUUUAGUUUUCAUCAUUAUAUGAUGUAUAUAUUAACAGCAGACGAUUCCUAACCAGGUAUACUCGGGGAUUAGAAACGUUGAUAAUGGUAUGCGUAAC